CUAAACCAAAAUGGGUUACGGAAAAAAACCGCAUGCAGUUCUUGUCCCAUACCCAGCACAAGGCCAUGUAAACCCUUUUAUGAAGCUCGCAAAGCUUCUCCACUCCCAUGGCUUCCACAUCACCUUCGUCAACACCGAAUUCAACCAUCACCGUCUCAUCCGCUCCAAAGGCCCGGAAUCCGUCCAAGGUUUGCCGGAUUUCCAAUUCCAGACCAUCCCCGACGGCAUGCCUCACUCAGAUCGAGACGCCACUCAAGACAUACCGAUGCUUUGUGACAUGACCAGAAAGACAUGUUUAGUUCCGUUCAAGGAUUUGUUGCAGAAGUUGAACUCGUUGGCUGGAACCCCACCAGUCAGCUGCGUCGUCGGAGAUGGCGUGAUGAGCUUUGCGAUAAAAGCUGCUAAGGAUUUGGGGAUUCCGGAGGUUCAGUUCUGGACUGCUUCGGCAUGUGCUUUCAUGGGUCUUUUGCAUUAUCGAGAGUUCAUCAAAAGAGGAAUUGUUCCCUUUAAAGAUGACAAGUAUCUAACGGAUGGAACAUUGGAAAAAACAAUCGAUUGGAUCCCGGGGAUGAGCAAUAUUCGUUAUAAAGAUGUUCCAAGUUUCAUUAGAACAACAGAUCCCGAUGAUAUCAUGCUGGAUUUCAUGGGGGAGGAGGCUCAAAACAACUUGAAUGCUCCAGCGAUCAUCUUCAACACUUUCGAUGCAUUAGAGCACAAAGUAUUAGAAGCCAUUACAUCCAAAUUCAAUUACCCCAACAUUUUCACAAUCGGCCCUCUUCCUUUACUAGCCAAAUACGUUCCAGAUGAUAGCCCAGUAAACUCACUGAAUUCGAGUUUAUGGAAGCCAGAUUCCUCAUGUUUGCAAUGGCUAGACCAGAAGAAAGAAGGAUCUGUUAUCUAUGUCAAUUAUGGAAGUGUGACUACGAUGACCGACACACAUUUGAUCGAGUUUGCAUGGGGUUUAGCAAAUAGCAAGCAAUCGUUCUUAUGGGUGGUUCGACCAGAUGUGACAAUGGGGGAUUCAGCGAUUUUGCCUGAAGAAUUCUUGAAGGAGACGAAGGAUAGGGGACUCAUGGUGAGUUGGUGUGCACAAGAGCAGGUUCUUGCCCAUCCAUCGAUUGGUGCGUUUUUAACACAUUGUGGGUGGAAUUCUACGACUGAGAGCAUAUCGGAAGGUGUUCCGGUGAUCUGUUGGCCUUUCUUCUCAGAUCAACAAACGAAUUGUCGAUACUGUUGCGUUGAAUGGGGGAUUGGGAUGGAGGUUAAUCAUGAUGUGAAGCGAAAUGAGGUUGAAGUUCUUGUUAAGGAGAUGCUUCAAGGGGAGAAAGGAAAGGAAAUGAGAAGAAAGGCGAAGGAGUGGAAAAGGAAAGCAAAAGAAGCGAAUGAUAUCGGUGGUUCAUCGUAUAAGAACUUCCAACGGUUUAUCAAAGAUGCCUUGCUUUCAGGAGAAGUUCCUCAUGUUUAAUAAUAUGUGUAACAAGUUCGGCAGGCUUGAUUCUGGAUCUUGUGCUUGUCGAAGAAAAUCACUUUCCUUUAUGAUUAUUUUUUAUUGUUUGGUUUUCGAUGUGUGUAAGAAACCACACUAGCAUAAUGUCAUUCUUAUUUCAAGUGUGCCUCAAUUUGUAGUAAUUACUUUUAUUAACAAUGCCAUAUAUACUAGU